AGUUCGCGUUGAUAAAGAUCCCCGUUACGACAUGUCUCCGUCGUGCGGACAACUUUAUCUACGUAAAAAAUACGUAACGGCUUUUUCUAUGUAAAACUAUAGAAUGCUUAUAAUCUCUUUUUCUCAAAAAAAAUACAUACCCAAAACGUAAAAUAAUUUUUUAAAACAUUCUAGAUAUUUGUUUUAAACUUUUAAAUAUUCGUUCAAACAGUUGUUUAUCUGGACGCGGAAUAAUUAUUAUUUUUAUCAAAAAUGGAUACUGGUUCGUUCCUUCGUGGAAACGAGACUUAUGAUGAGUUUUUCGAACGGUGCAACAAUCUUUCACGUUUCGAUUGCACUGAAGAAGAAAUGCUAUGGUGGCUAAUGGGCUCCAGGAGGCUGCCUCUCAGGGAAAUAAUCCCUAUUAGCAUUGUAUUAGUGGUGAUUUUCCUUACUGGCGUGAUCGGAAACGUGUGUGUUUGUGUGGUCAUAGUUAAACAUCCAGGGCUGCAUACGGCAACUAAUUACUACUUGUUCAGUUUGGCGAUUAGUGACCUGCUGUUGUUAAUGUUCGGUCUCCCCAACGACUUGUCAGUGUAUUGGCAUCAAUACCCUUACAGCCUGGGCCUCGUGUUCUGCAAAUUGAGGGCCUUAAUAUCGGAGGCGGCUACGUACGUUUCGGUCCUGACUAUAUCGGCGUUCUCACUGGAACGCUACCUGGCGAUAUGUCACCCUCUGCACGUAUACGCGAUGGCCGGCCUCACUCGCGCUUCAAGGAUCAUACUCAUUCUGUGGAUUAUAUCCGUCGUCUGUGCUUCGCCUUUUGCUGUCUACACCGAUAUCACCUACCGAGAUUACCCGCCAAAUUCCGGCAACAUUUCCGUGGACUCGGCAUUCUGCGCUUUAAUGGCAUCCUCGCCGCUACUGGAACUAAGCAGCAUCUUCUUCUUCUUCAUACCUGCCGUUCUAAUACUGUGUCUCUAUGUCAGGAUGGGUCUACAUAUAAGAUCCACCAGGCUGACUGAGAAGACAAAGCUUGGAUUGCUGAAUGGACAUGUUCACGGCGAGACGCGACAGGCUAAGUCUAGGAAGGCUAUCAUUAGGAUGCUAGCGGCUGUCGUGAUCGCAUUCUUCGUGUGCUGGGCCCCGUUCCACGUUCAGCGCGUGUUUUACGUCUACGGCUACAGUCUCCCGCAUUACCACGUCAUCAACGAGCACCUCUUCAACGUCGCCGGCGCCCUAUACUACGUGUCUGCUACAGUCAACCCGAUCUUGUACAAUGUAAUGAGUGGAAGGUACCGUCACGCCUUCCGUGAAACCCUGCUCUGCAGCAGGAAAUGUCAUCGCUCCCGCACCGGACACUUCGACACGGUUUGCCGCGAAGCUACUCCCGUCAAUUCUACUACCAGCCGAACCAGAGAGACAAGGGUCUCGUUUAUCAGCAAAGUCGAUUACGUAAAGGACCCGACCCCGUAUUGCAUUGGAGAAGAAGAGGAACUAUGUGACUUUAAGGUACAACCGAAAAUACUAUAAUGAUUGUCCAGGCUUUAUUGUCGACCUUUAAUGAGAGGCGGCGUCAUAUUAAAGAGGCUAAUUAUAAUUAAUUAUAAUCACUUCUUGGAGAUUAAUUAAGCUAUAAUGAUCGGUUUAGAUAUAAUCUAGUUUUACUUCGGUAUUAUCUAAUAUAAAAUUAAAUGGAGUAUAUUUAAAUUAUUUAAUUAACUUCUUAGUUAUAAAAAUAUUUAAAGAUUAACUAUAAUAGGAGUAAAUUUAACUCUAAUAAGUUCCUCGAUCUGUAAUUUAAAUUUUGACUGUAUUAUCAUCAGCAUAAAUCAGAUCUUUGUCUCAUUUGAAGCUUUCCAAACAAAGAGUAUAACAUUCAACAAAAUUUUUAUAUCGUAUUAUUGUGUAUGUGAUUGUAUCAAUUUGAUUGAUUUGCGUAAAUAUAAAUAAUAUAGAUCUAUUAGAAUGUAUGUUUGAUUAAUUAUUAGUAAGUACCACUGUUUUGUUCAGUUGAUACAAAAGCGUUUUUCUUUUAUUACUAUUUUUUUUUGACAAUAGAUUCAGAUAUUUAAAUAUAUCUCGCCAAGCAAUUAAGAACAUGUCCGUAAAUCUAACUUUAAUUAAUUGUAGAUUAAAUUAUUAUACCAUUAAAUUAAGCUAUAUGUUUGAUGUUUGUAUUUAAAAAGAUAAUGAAUUAAAUAAAGGUUUCGUUCACAAUUUA